AUUAAUUAGUUUAAUAAAUACCCAUUAAUUAUGUCCGAUACUAUUAGUAACAACCGGUUCACCAAAUUAUGUGUGGUUUGCGGCGAUAACGCUAUGGGUGUUAAUUUUGACGCCUUGACCUGUGCCUCAUGUAAAGCCUUUUUUAGACGAAAUGCGUCUAAAAAUAAGGUAUUUAAAUGUCAUUUCAAUAAUGACUGCAAAAUUGAUGUCAAGUGUCGGAAAUUUUGUAUUAAAUGCCGAUUAGACAAGUGUUAUGCAGUGGGUAUGAAAAAGGAAUACAUACUUAAUGAGGAGGAAAGGCAUAAGAGGUAUGAGAAACUGAUCGGUGUUUCGCGUAAAAGGCGUCAAAAUAGCGAUGAAAACUGUGGCACCGGUAGUAGCGAUGAGAGUGUGGGCUAUCAUACGGACACAAACACGACUGUCCCUAAAUUGAGUGAUAUAUAUGACUCGGACCUGACAUCCCAUACCAAACACACCACUCAUGACAGCAAUGGUUACCACAAAGUCAUCGCACACUCAGAGAUCAUAGACUUCUCGGACCUCACGUUUGACAUCCAUAUACCUGAGGGACAGUUAGAUCCAGUCGUACCUAUCCAUCGGCCGCUCAUGGACUAUAGAAACCAAUUCAAUGAGUUAGAGGGCAGUAAACUACGGGAACUCCUAAACGCCGUCAAUAUAUACACGAAAACAAUAGUUCCCGUGUCGGGCCUGGAUGUGAAAAAUAAUCUAGCUAAUCAGGUGACAAUUAUGACUAAUCAGGUGAUUGCCAGUAUCACUAGCCUGAUUAAAAUGUCCAAGAACCUGUCGGCCUUUACCCAAUUGUGUGAAAAUGAUAAGAUAUCACUCAUAAAGUACGGCUGUUUAGGCAUGUUUUACAUGAGGUGUGUCCCGAUGUUUGACUACAUCCAUAAUCACUGGACAUUUGUUACGUUAACUGCAAUCAUAUUGUUUAACCCAAAGUCGCCUAACCUUAUAGACAAGCAUUUAGUGAAAUUUCAACAACACGUAUACAUGUAUUUACUUCAACGCUACCUACUAUUGAGAUAUCGCGAGGAAUGUUGGUCUCAACCCAAAUACCAGAGACUAUUGAAAACUUUGAAAUAUUUGUCGGACACGAUUGAAACCAAAAUGAAAAUAGGUGUGGACACGGAUCCCGAGACCAUACCCUCGCGACUGAUCAGGGAGAUAUUUAGUUUGAGGUCAAAGGCCGACAUGUAUGAUGACACUUUCGGCACGGGUAUCUUUGCCGAUUAAAUUAUUUUUGGGC